GAGAAGCUGAAGAAGAAGGGAACAAUCAUGCUGUUGUACCGCACCACCACCACCAUCACCUCCACCCCUCCUCCCCUGCCACAUAGCUGAAGCCAGCGUCGGUGCAGGCGUUCACCGGUGGCGACCAACUUAAUGUUGACUUCGACCUCCAACCGUUAUAACAACAUUAUUCGUGUUAGCAAAGGGGAAUGCUAACGUUACUUUGUCCAGCACAAGUUGAAGUCAUCGCAGAAGGACAAGGUUCGGCAGUUCAUGUCCUUCACACAGGCCGGGGAGAGGACAGCUGUCUACUGCCUGACACAGAAUGACUGGAAACUAGAAAUCGCCACAGACAACUACUUCCAGAACCCAGACCUCUACUACAAAGAAUCCAUGAAAACCUCAGUGGACCGCAAGAAGCUGGACCAGCUCUACAACAGAUACAAAGACCCCCAGGAUGAGAACAAGAUAGGCAUUGAUGGGAUCCAGCAGUUCUGUGAUGACCUGACGCUGGACCCAGCUAGCAUGAGCAUACUUGUGGUGGCAUGGAAGUUCAGAGCGGCCACCCAGUGCGAGUUUAGCAGGAAAGAGUUCCUGGAUGGCAUGGCUGAGCUAGGCUGUGACAGUCCUGAGAAACUCAAGGCGAUCCUCCCCAGACUAGAGCAGGAGCUUAAAGACACAGGGAAGUUCAAAGACUUCUACCAGUUUACCUUCAAUUUUGCCAAGAACCCCGGCCAGAAAGGUUUAGACCUUGAGAUGGCUGUUGCUUACUGGAAUCUAGUUCUCACAGGUCGCUUCAAGUUUUUGGAUCUCUGGAACUGCUUCCUGCUGGAACAUCACAAACGCUCAAUUCCCAAGGACACAUGGAACCUCCUUCUGGACUUCGGCAAUAUGAUUGCAGACGACAUGUCAAACUAUGAUGAGGAAGGGGCAUGGCCUGUCCUCAUAGAUGACUUUGUGGAGUUUGCUCGGCCGAUUGUGACGAGUAAACGCAACAUGACAUAGUGUUUGUCUCUGAUUCAUGCAGCAAGUGGAGUUUGUGUUUCUCCCAGUUUUUCUUCUUUUUUUCCUUUGAAUGAGGAUUUUUAUACAAAUGAGCCAAAAAGAGUACCUCUCUAUAAGUUUGCAGCUUGUCCUUCAGAUUGUUCUUCCAACUGCAUAAAAUCAAAGCAGGAGGGGGAAUCAACAGGAGAGAGAUUAUGUUUCAUUUUUUUGGCAAGGACAGUCUUCGGAAUUGCAAUAUAGAAAUGAUGGGUAUUCUAAAACUCGUCAGUCAUGGGCGACUCAUCAACGGAUGGGGCUUUGAACUGCUGCUGUGGACUUGGCUCACUAACCUGCAUCCUCGGCACAGUGAGGAGGGACAGGACCAGUGAAUCUUCAGCACACGCAGAGGAUAACGUUAUAGAUGCAGUAGGAUGUGAAUUAUGAAUGGAACAGUAUGUUCAAAUCUGCAUGUUUUUGUCAGCUAGAAGCAGGACCAUGGAUGUUGAGGAGGGGG